AUGAAGUCACUCCCUGCCAACACGACAGCGCAAGUAAAGCCAGAGGAACCAUCAGCCAUCCAGCCUACGUCCGCAUCCCUGUCCCAGACGGAGGAUCAGGAGUCGGUCAACGAGCCACAAACAGUACAUGUCGAGCCACAAGUCCCAGUCGCCCAGGUCGGAGACGAGCCUCUGUCUCCAACGGAGGAGCAAAAUUCAACCGAGCAGUCACGGACAGAAUCGAGGUCGGUGCAGGCUCAUGAAGAGAAUCCCUUGAAGCCAGGCGACCAAUCAGAAGCUCUACCAGAGUACGGGCCUUCUUUACCAGGAUAUAAAUACUGCAUUUGGGAGGACUUUGGGACAAAUUUCCUGUGGUACGUCUGGAACUGGCCCGCGAAUCCCGAAUUCUGCGGCGAGCCUGUCGAAGACGACGACCUCUUAGAGAGAUAUCCCAAGACAUGGUACAAGGCCUAUGACGAUUGGGUCGAUCGAUACACGGAGGCUUUCAGGGCCCACCUAGAAAUGAACGCCGAUAAUCCAGUAUUCGACACUGACAAGGAGUUGAACCUCUGGGAAUUUGAGGGCACGCUUUUGGCUGCGGGGCUGACUCUACAAGAUGGCGUUCAUGGGGUGGGUUACGGAACAGAGAAGAAUGACGGCUCGUAUGCUCAUGAAUUCGAAUUCGAACGCGAGGGCUCCGAGAGUAUUGGAAAGACUUUGGAACGAUACAUUCAAACGAGGAUAUUGGAUCAAAACCUGGAUAUUGGGGUAUGA